AUGAAUAGCGGAAUGCAACCUUUCCAUUAUAUCUGUAAAGCCUGUAAAAAGAGCAUAACACAUAGGUUUGCGGUCAACCUUGUCGUGGAGAAGGUGUUACAAAAUACAGAUGGAGGGACCGGUACAACCUCCAAGGAAAUAGUUGACGGUCAAAAAAAGGUCGAAAAUGAUCAACAAAAAGAGCUUCAGAGCACUAGGCUACAUCAGCAGCUUUACGGACCAGCGACUACUUGGCUGGGCAAGCAGCGUGAAUCGGCAUUAAACAACAAUUUCAAGAGGAUGACAAGCAUGUUGAACAGGGGCGGAUUACAGUGCCCAUACUGUAAAGCCCGGGGUUCAUGGCUGUGGAACUGCUGCGCAGGAGAGCGGUGA